GUGGGUUUGUGGGUAAACCUUAUGCAAACUUACGCCACCUGUUUCUGAAAUCUAGAAGAGGGUUUGUGGACUUUCAUUCUCACUUUUCAAAAUCCGAAUACUUAAUAGUCUGCCGUUGAUUAUUGAAUGUUUUGAUAAUCAACCCAUUUGUGAGAUCUUGACAACUUUUUAAAUUUCAACUUGCUUCUUUGAGCCCGUGCGUUAAAUAUAUAUAAACAUACGGAAAGCUAUGGAAAAUCACAGCAGUUGUCCGAUGAAAAUUGAAACAGGGGAUGCAGGUUAUGUGCUUGAAGAUGUGCCUCACUUAACUGAUUACAUCCCUAAUCUCCCUACUUAUCCCAAUCCAUUGCGAUCCAAUCCUGCAUAUUCUGUUGUGAAGCAAUACUUUGUUGAUGCGGAUGAUACUGUGCCUCAAAAGGUUGUUGUCCACAAGGAUGGCCCAAGAGGAAUACAUUUUCGACGUGCUGGACCUCGCCAAAGGGUUUAUUUCGCACCAGAUGAGGUGCAUGCCUGUAUUGUAACGUGCGGUGGUUUGUGUCCUGGAUUAAAUACGGUGAUCAGGGAAAUUGUAUGCGCAUUGUAUCACAUGUAUGGCGUGACCAAAGUUCUUGGGAUCGAUGGAGGGUAUAGAGGUUUCUACUCAAAAAAUACCAUUACUUUGACACCAAAGUUUGUGAAUGACAUCCAUAAGCGUGGUGGUACAAUUAUUGGUACUUCUCGAGGGGGCCAUGAUAAACCAAAGAUAGUUGACAGUAUUCAAGAUCGUGGUAUCAAUCAGGUCUAUAUCAUUGGAGGGGAUGGAACUCAAAAGGGAGCAGCAGUUAUUUAUCAGGAAAUAAGACGACGUGGACUUAAAGCCGUAGUGGCUGGGAUUCCGAAGACAAUUGAUAAUGACAUUCCGGUCAUUGACAGAUCAUUUGGUUUUGAUACUGCCGUUGAAGAGGCUCAACGUGCUAUUAAUGCUGCACAUGUGGAAGCAGAAAGUGCUGAAAAUGGCAUCGGGGUGGUCAAACUGAUGGGGCGCUACUGUGGGUUUAUUGCAAUGUAUGCAACUUUGGCAAGUCGAGAUGUUGAUUUGUGCUUGAUUCCGGAAUCACCUUUUUAUCUUGAAGGAGAAGGUGGACUUUUAGAAUAUGUAGAGAAACGUCUCAAGGACAACGGACACAUGGUUAUUGUUGUGGCCGAAGGUGCCGGUCAGGAACUUCUUGCAGCAGAAAGCUUGAGUUCUGCAACUGCACAAGAUGCUUCCGGAAAUAAACUACUUCAAGAUGUUGGAUUGUGGAUAUCUGAUAAAAUCAAGGCUCACUUUGCUAAACAGCAGUCGAUGCCCAUUACUCUUAAAUAUAUAGAUCCGACUUACAUGAUCCGUGCGGUUCCAAGUAAUGCAUCUGACAAUGUGUACUGCACUCUCCUUGCUCAAAGUUGCGUUCAUGGAGUAAUGGCAGGUUACACCGGCUUCACCAGUGGGCUUGUCAAUGGUAGACAGACUUAUAUUCCAUUCAAUCGUAUCACUGAGAAGCAGAAUAAUGUUGUGAUAACCGAUAGAAUGUGGGCAAGGCUACUGUCUUCUACCAAUCAACCGAGCUUUCUGGGACCAAAAGACGUGAUUGAAGUCCAGAAACAGGAGGAACCGCCGGCUCAGACUCAGUUAUUGGAUGGAGAAAAUAGCAAGACGGCAGACAAUUAAAUCAAGAUUCACGAUUAUGCACAAAAAUAAUAGGCACUACAAAUUUGCUAUUGUGGAUGCGCGAUUAACCAUCUGUAUUGGAGCAUCAGAUAAGUUUACUUAAUUCAUGAUCCGAGCCUCUUCCGAAAAAAAAACAUUAAAAUUGAGGAGUCUUUUGUUUUGGGAUAUUUUAGUAUGCAGCUGUGACUGGUCUUGCAUUUUGAGCACCCUUUGUUGAUCUUACCC